GGACGUGAAAAUAUCACGGAGCGGGCAUCAAACGGUGUUUCAAGGCUGACCUGGUAUAGGUACUUAUUGUAUCAAGUCUCGUUAACGGGAGAUGUUCAUUCACUCGCGCUCACGGAUGACAAGUACGGUUCGUGGAACACGAGGCGGCCGUAUUGACCCGUGUCACGGAGCGACACGGAGGUGUCGGUGAGAGAUCGGUGCGUUUCUUUCUACGAUCGUAAAAUGUGCAUAAAUCUGUGUAAUUGUCGCGUAAUGAAAACUCGAACUGUCGUGCAUCGACACGUGUGAUAAAUAUGGCAGCGCUCGUUCGUCUUAAACGUGGGAGCGUCCAGUUGAGACAUGCGGCGCUUGAAAUGAAAGGAAACCAAAGUCGAGGUCGUUUGCAUUGCACGGAAUAGUAAUGAGAUAAUAGGGAUAGAAUCGUACGAUAAAAGAGGUAUGCACACGUCGAUUUUGCUCCUUUCGACUAUCGUGAGAUGGAAGAGUUCGUUAAAAGAGGUAGAGUGCAGUUGGUGAAACGUAGCAGUGUUCAGAUAAAGCAAGCCGCAUACGAAGUUCGAGCGGCUGUACGAGCGCGACACAUCGUUGCUGCGCUUGUUGCAGUUGGAUUUGCACUUUGUGGCGCGGUGGAGGUGAGCUCCUCGGUUGCAUUACUUGCCAAUCAAAAAGACAAUCAUGCCAUCAUUGACACAUCGUGGCAUUGUGAAAUGCUGGUCAACAUCAGUAGUCGUAACCGCACCGAAGACUUUGAAGUUAUAUUAAUGGAGUUACCACCCGAAGAACGUGCAGAAUCUAUAAUGAGAGAAGCGUUUUUGUGGGGACAAGUGGCAGGUCCGAUUUUAGGAGGAUGUUUAGUAUGGGGAAGAUCAGGGCCAUCUAUGGUGUUCUCACGUGCUGUUCUUAGUGCUUGCUUGGCAUCUUUAUUGGUGCCAGCUGCAUGGAGAGGCCCGUCCCAUGUAGCGCUUCGUCUGUUUCAGGGAUUAUGUACAGGUGCAACUAUGCCUGCUGCUCACAUGCUCGCUAUGACUUGGUUUAAGAGCACUCAUAGAAGUUGGUACUUCAGUUGUUACGCUGCUGUCAGUGUUGGAUACUGUCUCACAGGAUGGAUAGGAACAGCCGUCGUCCGAAGUUUUGGACGAGAUUCGCUUUGUUAUGGUCUCGUUUGCAUUGCACUAUGUUGGUACUUCUCUUUUGGUCGAUUCGUUAAAGACACACCAAAGUCCUACCAGCACGAUACAAAUGCAGCUGUGAUUCCAUGGGGGAAAUUACUGCGAUCCGUUCCUGUUUGGGCAUCCGCAGUGGCAACGAUGGGAAAUCAAUGGGGCGAUGCAACUCUCGCUCUUGGUAUGACGAAAUAUCUGAAGCUCAUUUAUGGAUUCUCAACGGCCAAUGAUUCUGUUCUGACGACGUUACCUCACAUCGGACAUUUCAUGGCUGCUUUAACAUGUGGUCUUCUCGUGGAUCACGUUCGUGAAUCGAAAAUAGUUUCUACGACCACGGCAAGAAAAUUGGUCGUUUAUACUGCUCAUUUUAUACCAGCUGCCCUACUUUUCGUCGCUGGUUACGCUGGUUGCCAGGCAUUAGGGGCAGCCUGGUUAGGGAUAGCCGCCCUUCUCGUAUCUGGCACCGCACCAGCAGGAGCUUUGGCGGCCAUAGCUGACCUAGCUCCUGUAGAAUCUCCAGCCUGUGCAGCGGCUGCGUGUGCAUUGUGCUCGACUUUAGGCGCGGCAGGUCUAUUGGCCGCUAAUUACUUUGUCACCCAAGCUCUUCAUGGCUCUAUAGCCGGCUCGUGGCGACUGGUGUUCGGUGUCGCCUCCGUCGUUCUGUUAACGACUGCCGCGGUUUUCUUGGCGCUUGGAAAAGGCACGCCGCAACCGUGGAUACCUUCCGUGGCACGGCCACGGAGUCACGAUGCAAUUUACGAGCAAGACGCGUUGGAGCUCGAUUACGAGGACGUGGCGGUGCAAACGGAACCUUUCAAUCCUUAUCCGCUCGAGGAGGACGCCGAAGGCGCGAGAAACGUGCCUCGUUCCGCCUCGGUCCACUCGGAAGUUUCGCAGGCGUCCACCUAGAUUCACGGUCAUACGUGAGAAUUUCGAUAUUCAGAUACCGGAAGUCACACAGUUGCAAACUAUAGGAACACGGUCCAGUUGGCGAAUACCUCCUCGUUUCUUAACGACAACCUUUCACGCGUGCAUCCGGUCCCAGCAGAAAAACCGAAAGGUUGCCUGCCAUGAAAAAAAUUCUUUCCUCCAUUACCGUUAAACUAUCCGUUUCCGUUCUAUUUCUCGAUAAAUACCCAGUUAUUGUAAUCGAUAUCAAUUUCACGAUAUUUGUCGAAUGUUAUUUAAUUCUUAAGUGAAGUGAAAUUUUUUCGAAUUCGUGCACGGAUUAAUUUAUCGAUGAUUUAUCUCUGGGACGAAGAAAGACAUUGUCAUAAUAAUUCUCGAAUAUCAAAUAUUGAUAUCAUUCAUGUAUGUAAAUCGAAAAUUUUUUGAAUCCGUUUUAAAACUGAUUCGAUUGUAUAUUCUUUUGCAAAAAUCAAAAAAAUAUUCGUGAAGUUUGUGCGAUGUAUUUCUAUGGAGAUUUGGCAAGAGGUAAAAAAAAAAAAAGAGUACGUGGAAACUAACGUGCAAAAUCUCAUGAUCUACGCUCCUGUCGUGUAGCGACCGUCUAACAAAUACGAGUUCUCGUAUCCAGCAGCAAAGUGUCGCAACCCGCGAUGCUAAUUACCAACAGGUAGACAUGUUAUUAUUCUUUCUGGUACGCCGGCUCUCAGAGACUUAUGAAAUGAAUUUUCACACCAUAUAGUUUAUAUCUAUCAUCUAUCUCGUUUUUAUUUCGAUAUAAGUAUAUUACACUAAUUUCGUAUAAAAUUAUAUUUACAAUAUGGAAUGAAGAACGUUAAUUUGGAUACGUUCAAUAUUCAAUUGAAGUAAAUUCAAAUUCGAGUUAUUGAAUUAUCGGUAAAUUUAAAAUUUAAAAUUGCAAUACAACAAGAAUAUCGUGGACAAAAAUAAGAAUGACUGAAUCAAA